AUGGGAUAGGGCUUUAUUUUAACCUUUAUAAUCGUACUCAGCUCAGCCGUACCUUAACCUCCUUCCGCCGCUAUGCAGGCCGACAAGAUUCCCGAGUUCCUGACCGAGCAGCGCGAGCUCGCUCCCGACGAAUCCCAAGCCCUAUUCCUAGAAUUCGAAGACUUUUGGGAACGAAAGCUAUGGCAUCAACUGACCAACGCGUUGAUAACAUAUUUCUCUCUGUCAGAGAGUGCACCGCAGAGACUACCCAUGUUCAAAAAUUUCAUUCUUAUUUUUGCAGAUAAAAUCAACCAGUUGAAAUUCGUGUCUCUGGGGUUAAUGGCAUCGACGCAGUGUAAAGAUGAUGGGGAACGUCUAGCCUUCCUAACUGCGCUCGCGGAUAAGGUCAACAAGCCUGGGUCGCAGGAUGCUUAUGUCUACGCCAUGGCAGACGUUGCUGCCGUUAAGUUACGACUCGAGGACUUUGAGGGUUCGCGGAAAGAUCUUGAUGCAUCGCAGGCGGUGUUAGACUCUUUUGAUUCUGUCGAGAAUGUUGUACAUGCAGCGUUCUAUAAAGUGAACGCUGAUUAUUACCAUGCGAAAAUGGAGUUCGCAUCCUACUACAAGAACGCCCUCCUCUACCUCGCCUGUAUCGACAUAGUUGAGCUCACACCGACAGAGCGUGCUGCUAGAGCAUAUGACCUUAGCAUAGCUGCACUCGUAUCUGACACGAUUUACAACUUUGGCGAACUCUUACUCCAUCCAAUUCUCGAAUCACUCAAAGAAACGCAACAUUCGUGGCUCCGCGAGCUUCUCUUUGCUUUCAACCGUGGUGACUUGACAGCCUAUGAUGUUCUAGCAGGAAACAUUAGCAAAAAUCCCCUCCUCGAACAGCACAAAGUUUUUCUAUAUCAGAAAAUAUCCCUCUCAGCCCUAACAGAAAUGAUAUUCCGUCGACCACCCCAUGAUCGGACUGUCACAUUCGCAGCGAUGUCGGAAGAAACCAAGGUUCAGCCGAACGAGAUCGAGCAUCUGAUUAUGAAAGCCUUAAGUUUGGGCCUACUGAAGGGCUCGAUUGACCAGGUUGCACAAAUUGCGAGAAUCAACUGGGUACAACCGAAGGUUUUGGAUAUGAAGCAAAUUGAGGGAAUGAGGAAUCGGCUGAAGGAAUGGGAUGCUGGCGUCAACCAGCUUGGUCACUGGAUCGAGGGAGUUGGGAAGGAUGUUUGGGUUGCGUAA